AUGGGUAAUUGUAUUGGUAAAAAAUCUACGUUACAUCAUAAACAACGAAGAAAUUCUCCUUCAAUAAAAAUUAAUUCUACUAAAUUGUAUUGUAAUGAUCAACGACCUACAAAACAAGAGUCAUUAUUAUUAUUAUCAACAAUAUCACCAUUAAAUACAUCAACGGAGCGAAAUAGCAUUUUUCUGUCUCAUUUGUCCGAUGUAAAAGAUAUUGAUAUCAUAUACAACGAUAAUGACGAUAGCGAAAGAAAAGUUAUUCAAUAUUCAUCAUUCUCACUUUUACCAACGACGACAUCACCAACUAAUGAACAACACGUACUCAUGCAUACGCCAUCAAUAUUAUCGCCUGUUCAAUUGUCAUCUGAAUGUAAAAAAUUUAAAUCAAGCAAUACAUCAAUAGUUUUUGACGAUAAUAAUAUAAGACAAGCAUUUAAAUUGACGAUAAACGAAGAAAAUACGACGAUGGGACAACUGGUUAGCAAGGAGAAAGAUAUAAGUAAACAAAAUGACAAUGAUGAUAUUGAUGAAAAGGUGAACAUAGAUAUCAAGGUACAUAUAAUUGACAAUGAUCAAAAUAAAAAUCAUCAAUAUUUUACAAUUAUCAAUGAUCAAAUACCAACUAGCGAAACUAUGAUCAAUACACAAGAAAAAGUACAAGAACCACUUAACACGUCACCUUCAUCGUCUUUGUUUGACUCUUCACUUUCUUCGCUCUCUUGCAAUUCAACACCAUUUUCUUCUCAAGAUCGACUUAUUCUUUCAUCAUCACCUUCAUCUUCUUCUUCAGCUGUUAUAUCUCCAAUUGCAUCAACCGCUAUUAUACCUAUUCCACCAUGUUCUCAUUCAUAUAAAACAAAUCCAUUAAUAAAUCAAAAUGGAUCUCGUUCAUUACCUUAUUCAGAACAAAUUUAUCUUAAUAAUCAAUCAUCAUCUAUAUGUCCAUCGAAUGAAAUCUUUACAACAAUAUUACCAGCAUCAUCAUCUCAUCGUAAUAAUGAUUUAUUCAUUAAUGAAUUUCAUCAAAAUAUUAUUUCUCAUAAUUGUAAAACACUUAGUGCUAUUAUUGAUGAUGUUGUACAACAACAAUAUAUUCGUAUUCAUCGAUGUUCAAAAGCUAUUUUAAAUGAACAUAAAGAACUUGAAUGUGUACAUUUAAAAGAUGUAAAAAAGUUCGAUACACCAUCAUUAAUCUUUGACGAACAACAAAAAUUUGUUUACAUAACUAAACAUUGUCGUUUACUUGGCCUUCAAUCAUUUACAUAUACAACAAAUAAUGUAACACGUUUACCAAAACUGUUUUCAUCAUGUGAUCAUUGUUCAUCAUUACUUUCCGGUUCAAAACUUAAUCAUCGUUUACGUCCAUUUUUUCUUGUUAAUACAACGCAUAAUUUAGUACAAAUGUGUUUUAAUGAAACAAAUAACAAUACAAUUUUUGGUUAUAUAUCACAAGAAUAUCCAAAUAAAAUUCGACAAACAAUUAUUAAUAAUGCGAAAUUUUCUUAUUCAUAUGAUCUUGAUGUUAGCUAUACAUCGUUUUAUUUUGUUUUACGUGUUCAUUCAUGGCCACAAGAAAUACGUCAGAUUUAUGAACAACGUCAACGUUUAUGGUCAGUCAAUAUUGAUAAAUUAUUUGAUGGUACUUGUUUUAUUCGGGUGAAUAAUGAUGAACAAGAUAUACUUAAAACAAAUAAAUGUCUUGCUUGUGAAAAAAUGCUUUCAUCAUCAUUAGAUUCAACUUGGUCUUAUACAUAUACAGCUAUUGAAGCACAACUUGUCUUGUCUAUGUCUGAUGAACAAAUACGUUUUGCAUCAAUUAUUUGGAAUUAUUUAAAUGGAAAAACUCAAGGACAACUUCCAUUUGUUAUUUUUAAACAUACAUUAUUUUAUUUCUUUGAACAAUAUUCAUCGGAUUCUUUUACUUCUAAUGAUGUACUUAAUUAUGCACAUCGUUUUACUGAUUUUCUUUUCGAUCGUCUUCAAAGUAAAUCCGUACCACAUUAUUUUAAUUCAAAUUAUAAUCUAUAUAAUGAUAAUUUAUCAACUACUUUAAUGAGUUCAAUAUCAAUUAAAAUGACUUACUUAGAUUUAAAAAAUUUUUCUAUUUAUCUUCUACCAAAAUCAUCCUUAUAUCUUUAUCAUUUAAUUUAUCUUACUCAAUUUCAAAGAAAUUUUUUACAAUGUCUUCUUGCAUCAUCAAAAACAAAUUCAAUUCAAACUAUACUUGAUACACAUGAACUUGUGAUAAAACAAUUAUCAUUAGGUAUUAAAACAUAUAAACGACAAUUCGAAACAACUAUUGCUAUUAAAAAACAUCGACCAUUAACACUUGAUUGUCUGUAUAGAUAUCAAGAACAAAAUGUUCAAAUUAUACUUGAUUAUUUACCAUUAUUACGAGAUAAAGAACCUUCAUUACUUAUUCAUUCACUUUGGUCUAUGUUUAUUCAAUAUUUUAAUUGCCUAUUUGAUGAUCUUUUUAUGUCUUGA